AGAGACUCCAUGGAUACAAGUGUCCCCUCGUUUAAAGGCAGCAGCUUUGAAAAGAUGCAAAGAGGGUGUGUGUGUGUGUGUGUGUGUGUGUGUGUGUGUGUGUGCAUCCAAACCCCCAGAGCCAAGUUUUUGUUGCAAAGCGUGGCCCACAAUUCAGAUUUAACAGCCCCCUUUUGUUGCAACUCGUACCCAAUCCAUCUUGCUUGGGUGUUCUGAACUCACUUUAGUGGGAGAACCAGAGGAGCUCAACUGCAGUCAGGACCAGAAAUGUUUGUCACCAUCUUGUUUGGAGGUAAAUGACUUAAAAUGUUGAUUUUUUACUUUGCUUUUGACUAGAAUCCAUGUAAGUUUGUUGUAUCUAACCGAUGUUUUCGCUGGUCUUUGCCCUGACAGAUGGCAAGAUGGAAAUGUUCAAUCUGAACUGUAAAUUGAUCAACUUCAUCCAUUUUUUAAAGGAGAAGUGCUGCCUGGACUUUAAUGGUAUUUAUCUUUCUGUAGUUCUUAGUUGAAAGUUCUUAGUCUUUAAUUUUCUGUUAUUAAAAUCAAUAUAGAGAAUAAUGGCAGCGUAAUGAGCCUAUGACUUUGAAGCAUCAUACUGUAGAUUUAUAAGAAAGUCACAGCGGGGACAUGUUUGCAACUGCUGCGCUAAUGCAAAGUGAUUUCCUCUUGCAGAAAUUGUGGAUUUGCUGGACAGCAGUGGUAAAGUGAUGAAUCUGGAGAGGAAGCAGCACAGUCUGGAUCUGGCCAGCAGUGUGCUGGUGGAGAGACAAUAUUACAUCCUGCUGCGAGUUUGCAGUAAGUUCAUCAUGAUUUCCCUUUAACAACUCUGAAUUUAGCAGAUCUGAUGACAGUACAUACACAACAUAAGUCAAGAGUGGUGGAAGGUUGACAAAAUCGUGAAAUCAGGUAGAAGUUGAACUUUUGACUAAACAAGAUAUACUGUAUAUGUGUAUUUGUAUAUGUUUAGUCAGUGUUUCUUAUUCACCAGUUUGAUUUGCUUCCCUUCAGGAGACCCUGAGUCUGAAGGGGUGAAGUAUGUGUCUCUUUUGAACAACUUCAGUCAGAGUCACCCUGAACUAACAGGUAACUAAACUAUCAUUAAAGGAAUGACACUUGAGAGCUUUGAGCAGCUAGAAGACCUAAAGUGGCCCUUGGAGACCUCCUGUUGGCCGAACUGAUUUUUACAACUUGAACUCCUGUUGCAGAGCUGCUGAGGAAACUCUCAAACCCCGACACUGUGAGGGACAGAAAGAGCAGAAGAGGCCAAACCAGGAGCAGAAACAUCUUAACAAACAAAACAAGCCACAAAUGAAAAUAUUUUAAUGCACCUUAAUGUCAGAGGUCUGAUUUCUGCAAGAACCCAACACUAAGCCUGAUGUAUUAACACUUUAUUUCAUGAAACUUGAUCUAAACAAACACUAUUUUAAAUGCAUUUGAUAAAACAACUUACCUAAUAAAGGUUUUAUUUUCUUUUUUUUUUGGACUCCUAUUAAUUGAGCCUGUCAUAUUGUGUAUUAGAACAAUGGUUCUCAACUCUGGCUCUUAACAAAAACGUAAAUACUUAAUACGAUGUUUAUUAGAUAUUUGAUAUUUUCUGUAUAUGCAACUUCAGUAGUUGUCAUCCUCAUGUUGUCACCUUCAGGUGCUCUGAAAUGCACUGUACUCAAUAAAAUAAGUGGAUUUAUGUUAAAGAUUAGAGUCUUUAAAGGUUGAUUUGUUUAAAGGUUAAUUUGCUUAGUUGGAAUUCUAUAAAAGUGGGUCGCGACUUAAGGACCGUGGGAAAAUGUGGAUCCCAGAGUGAGACCAGUUGAGAACCACUGUAUUAGAAGAUAUUUUAAAGAUAUUUGACACUUCAGAGGAUAUAAUAAACAUGUAAAUGUUUUGAUAAAAAAGAUAGUUUUAUCUCAUAUUUGCUUUAAGAGAGAUAUUGUCUAUUCGAUCAAAUAUACAUACAGUACAAUUUUAGACAAGAAAUUCCCUAUUCUUGGAGAUUGAAAAGGAGCAGGUAGAAGCGAUCUAGCUUAUUUGUACCUACCCUCAUUCCUUCCUAUUCGUUGACCUUUUACAUGUCUCUAGAAUUUUAGGAUUUCUGAAGUUGCCAAAAAGUAACCAAAGCUCCAAAGUCUAACAUGAAUAUGUAACAAAUCAUUAAUACUGAAACAAAGACCUUAUGUAUACAUAUAUACAUACCUAUAUACACGAAUAUACACACACAAAUAUACACUUUAUAUACAUACCUAGAUAACUUCAAAUCUCUCAUUUGUACCAUACCAUACCCAUACACUAUAAUAAAUGUGGCAAAAUUAAAAUCACUUAUAUAAGUAUUUUUCAA